AUGAUCGUCUACGGGAAAGCGUGCCACUUACCGGUCGAGUUAGAGCAUCGGGCUCUUUGGGCACUCAAAACGGUGAAUUUAGAUUUGACCGAGGCCGCUAGGAGACGAUUUUUCCAAAUCCAUGAGUUAGAGGCGCUUCGUGACGCCGCGUAUGAUCGUUCUUGGAGUAUAAAGGAGAAGUCGAAAGCGUUGCAUGAUAAGAAGUUGCGAAAGUUGAAGGAGUUUAAAGUGGGCGAUCGGGUGCUAUUAUUCAAUUCGAGGUUGAAAUUGAUCGCCGGGAAAUUGAAGUCGAGAUGGUCCGGGCCGUACGUCGUGAAGGAGGUUUUCCCGUACGGUACCGUUGAGUUGUUUGACGAGGAGAGUUCGCAUGUGUGGAAGGUAAACGGGCAUAGGUUGAAACACUACAUAGGAGGUCCCAUCGAUACCGCCGAAGAGGAAACCGUUCCUCUUUCGGACCCGCCUAGCACCGCCCCGUAG